CAGACAUGUGACAGACUUCAAUUAUUUGUGUCCUGUCCUGUAAACGUUCUUAAUUUCCAAAUUUUUCAAAUACAGCAUACACCAAUACAAAUAAUGUUAAAAGUAGAAAUAAUUGCGGUCAGUUCGUCUUUCGUCGUAUUUCUCUCUUAACAAGGAAUUUUUCGGUAGAAGUGCUAAGUGUUAUAAUAAAGUGAAGAUUUGAAAUAUUGUUGAAAAAUGCCGACGGUAAUCCUACUGGAUGUAUCCUUGUCUAUGACAAAACCUGUAGCCCUUAGCGAAGGGGGUGAAACAGCCAGGAAGCACUUAGCGGAACUUGGUAUAAAUGCCUUUUUAGACCAUCUGAGCAUUCAUUCAAAACUCGAGUUCAUUGCUUUGGUCUUCAAUUCGGAAAAGAUGCAUGAAAGCUGA